UUUCUCCGUCACCCUCCACUGUCUGUCUUUAAGGUUGCACAGAGAGAGAGAGAGAGAGAGAGGGGGAAGGAGAGAGAAAAGAUAGACUCAGUCCGAUGAGCUUCGACUUGUGAAAAAUCGAAGCAUCUUUGGUGAUCGCACCCAACAGAGGAAAUUGUGAAUGAUGCCGGCAAAGCCUGGAAAUGAGCUUGGACGGUUAGAACAUGGUGGGCAGACUGUGUUGCAGUCGGCCGCUUACUCCCAACCCUGGUGGCGUGGCAUGGGGAACAGUGGGUCCCUGGGUGAAAAUGCUUUGAAAUCAUCUUCAAUGGAACACCUAAAUGGUUUUGUUAGGAAUGGAGCUAUUCAGUCGAAAGCAAAUGGUCUGCCGGAUGAUGGAGCUAAAUUUAACAAAGAAACACAGGGAACUGUAGCAUCCCAAUCUGAUGCUAAUAUUGGGCAAGAGCACCAACAUAUUAACCAUGUUCCAUCCUUGACACCUAAAAUGGGCAAACACCUUGAUCCAAACUCCCAGAUGGAACUUGUUGGUCACUCAAUUGUAUUGACAUCAUAUCCGUAUUCGGAUCCACAGUAUGGCGGAAUGUUGGCUUCUUAUGGUCCCCAAGCUAUGGUAUGCAAUCUGCAGUCCAGUUUAACUCCUCAGUUAUAUGGAAUGCGUCAUGCUAGAAUGCCUUUACCCCUUGAAAUGGAAGAGGAACCUGUCUAUGUAAAUGCAAAACAAUAUCAUGGUAUUCUGAGACGAAGACAAUCACGUGCUAAGGCUGAGCUUGAGAAGAAAGCGAUAAAAGUUCGAAAGCCAUAUCUCCACGAGUCUCGACACCAACAUGCUUUGAGAAGAGCAAGAGGUUGUGGGGGUCGCUUUCUUAAUACAAAAAAGCUCGAUAAUGUUGCCGAUCCCACUUCAGAAGAAGGCAUGAACGUGGGUGCUAACCCUUCAAUGCAACGGAUCAGUUCAUCUGGUACUGAGUGCUUGCCCACCAAUGGCAAUGGGAAUUUGAAGUCCUCACGUAAUCAGCAAGAAGGAUCCUGGUCCGUAGUUCACAAUGUGCAUGAAGCUCGCAAUUCAUCCAAUGGUAAUGGCAAUGGUCAUGAUCUGUCGUCGACUUACCAUUCCCUGUUUAGUGAUGUUAAGGAGGGGGGAUGCUACUUGGGUCAGCAGAGAGAGAGCAUGCAGGCAAAUGGGCUCACACAUGGGGUGCGCCCCAUUAAAUGAAAUUCUCUGAAGGUGAACCUGAAGGCGUUCGCCCCUUCCAGCUUGGACAGAAACCCUCCUUGUGUUGUGUUUCUCAGGCAAUUCAUUCUUGGCUUAUAUCUAGGUUUCUUGUCUUUACUGGGGUGAGAUGGGAGGAGACAAAUAUGUGGUGGACUAGCUGCUGUGAUCUUUCUGCAGUUCAUACAUUUCUCUUCCAUUCAACCCUAGUGUAAAAAAGAGAGAAAGUUCUAACUUUUCAAGUAAGAAAUACUUAUGAAUGUGUACCAUUUUAACAAUCUAGGUAUGAGUGUUUCAGAAUCGUAAAAACUUACUUGUUUAUGACAAAGGGUUUGCUUCUUCUACAAUAAUAAUGUUAAAUGUUGACAAUGUUAA